CUCUCUGCAUCAGUUUCUAUAUCCGGCGUCAGUUACUUGGCCCAAACUAAAUUGAUUUAAUUUGUUAACACAAGGUCGGUUAGGGGAGAACGAUUCAUACCUCAAUUCUCUUCCCACUGCACCAUGGAGUCGUCGUGGUCGUGGUCGCGGUCGAUCACCGAGACUGUGAACGGGUCCCACCAAUUCACUAUCAAGGGUUACUCCUUGGCGAAAGGGAUGGGUCCGGGCAGGCACAUUAUGAGCGGCACCUUCAACGUGGGUGGUUAUGAUUGGGCCAUAUACUUCUACCCUGAUGGCAAGAACCCUGACGACAAUUCCAUCUACGUUUCGGUCUUCAUAGCACUGGCCAGCGAGGGAACCGAUGUCAGGGCGUUGUUCAAGCUCACGCUGCUCGAUCAGACCCAGAACGGGAACCAUAAAGUGCACAGUCAUUUCGAUCGCCCACUAGAGAGGGGCCCUUACACCAUCAAGUACAGAGGCAGCAUGUGGGGUUACAAACGAUUCUUUAAAAGAGCGUUACUGGAAACAUCAGAAUAUCUGAAAGACGAUUGCCUUAUCAUGCAAUGCACUGUAGGUGUUGUGAAAACCCGUCUUGAGGGUUUUAAACCGGGGCUCAUUGUGCCAUAUUCAGACAUGGGCCGAGACUUUAAGGACUUGUUGGAGUCCGAAAUUGGUUUUGACAUAGUUUUCAAGGUCAAGAGUGAAAGCUUCAAAGCUCAUAAGUUGAUACUUGCUGCCCGAUCUCCUGUCUUCAGAGAGCAGUUUUCUGGAGGAGUUGGGGAUCCUAGCAUAGAUGAAAUAGUGGUUGAUGAUAUUGAGCCUUUUGUCUUCAAGAAUCUGUUAGCUGCUGCUGAUCUCUAUAAUCUUGAUCGUCUAAAACUACUGUGUGAAUCAAAAUUGAGUGAAAAAAUCAACACUGACACUGUUGCCACAACACUUGCCCUGGCUGAGAAACAUCAUUGUCCGCAGCUUAAGGCGAUCUGUUUAAAAUUUAUUGCAAAUCCAGUAAACAUAGGAGUGGUAAUGCUGUCGGAAGCUUUUGAACAUUUGAAAGAAGGUUACCCUAAGAUGCUGUCGGAAUUGCUCAAGACAUUUGCAGCAGGAGAUGAUAAUUCAAGCCAGCCAUCAAGCAGGAAAAGAAGUGGCAGCAGAAUACACCGGGCUAGUGGUCGAAUUAGUCCUUGA